AUGCUGUCUGAGGACAUCAUUUCGUCCGUAUGUGGCCCGCCAAUUGCUGCAAACACGGCGGUUUCGAAAGACAUCGGCAUAUAUGCCCACUCUCUGACACCCUCAUGGGCGACCAAAUCUACUUUCAAGAAGAGUUCUGCUCCACGUCACUGCGUUGCUGUGAGCGAGACACACAUCUUUGCUGCCCAGGAUCAAAAGGCUCAUGUACACGUUUAUUCCCGGGACCGUGGCAACCAAGAAGCCCUGGUGGCCUUUCCAGAACGAAUUCGUAGUCUGGCACUGGCACACAAUGUUCUCAUAUUGGGCACAUCUGAGGGGCGAUUGAUUCUGUGGGAAAUUUGCACCGGGAGACAAAUCACGACACCUGCUUGUCAUGUCCAGGCAGUCACUUGCUUGGCCGUCACCCCUUAUCACAUUCUUUCAGCAUCUGAAGACUCCAACAUUCAUGUUUGGUCACUAUCACGCCUCCUCGAGUUUGGUGUUGACGCAGGACAUGAGCCUGAUCUGACCUUGUCCAAUCAUAGGGGUGCCAUCACUGAUCUCGUUGUUGGGUCUAGCACCAACCCCGAAACAAGUCUUUGUGUAUCCGCCAGCACCGACAAGACAUGUAUUUUGUGGAACUAUCAAACGGGGCAAGUAUUGCGAACUCUACUGUUUCCAUCUUCGCCCAUCUGUGCCUCGUUAGAUGCUUCUGCUCGAGCUCUUUUCGUCUGUGCUGAAGAUGGAGGGCUGUAUCUCGUCGAGCUAUUUGGAGAUAAGCCGCUCAUUGGAUCGCGAAGCGCAGAGCUCUCCUCUAUUGUUGUCCAAGUGAAUGCCCCCCUGGGAGUUACUGACACAGAGGACGGCCCUGCUUCAUGUCUAAUGUUGGGCUACGAUGGGACGUCUGUGCUGACUGGACAUACGAAAGGGAAGAUUUUCCGCUGGAGUCUCAUGGACAAUUCGCAUCCUGCGGAGCUGGCUAAUCUCAACGCAUCCGUUACGAAUCUCGUUCCCAUGCCCCUAAUAUCGUCUCCUCAGCCAUUCAAAGUUGUCAAUGUGGUAAAACCUAAUCAGACGCAGCGACAGUACACUAUUACUAGUCAAUUGCAAGGGGAUUUGGAACACAUUGACCGAUUCAGUCAUAUUCUCGGCUCGCAAGGACUGCCCACUGACACAAUUGAGAACGCAAUGGCCUCGUUCCUUGACUCCCCGUCAGUCAACAAAGAUGACUCAAAGUUGCUUAAAGAGAAUGAGGAGCUGAAAGCAAUCAUCGAGGAACAGAAGGAACUUCAAAGAGCUACUCUGCUACAGAGUGCCGGCGGGAAAACAUCAUGA